AUGUCUCUCCCAUCUACUGCUGAAGUCCUCAUCGUAGGAGCAGGCCCCACAGGCGUAACCCUUGCCCUUGCUCUACAGAGGGAGGGCUGUCCAGGCGUUGUCGUUGUUGACGGCAUACUCCAGGGCGAGAACACCUCCCGUGCUAUCACCCUUCAUGCUGCCACCAUGGAGGCCUUCGAGCUACUUGGUCUUGCCGAACAGCUCGACAAUGAAGGCACUAAGGUCAAGAAGACAAUAGUCUGGUCGGGCACAAACAAGAUAGAGACCACCUACUUCGAGCCACUAUCCAAGUACACCAAGUACAACUACAUCAAUUGCGUACCACAACACGUCACCGAGAGGCUCCUCAAUCAGGCCGCCAAGGAACGCGGUAUCUCUAUCUACAGACCACACAAGGUCGUAGGCAUAAAGCCCAGCACAGACGACCCCAAGUUCACGGACGUCUUUUUCGAUACUGGUCACGUCCUGCGCGCCCGGGCAGUUGUCGGCGCGGACGGCUCACGAUCCAAGGUGCGCCAGCUAGCCAACGUCGGCUGGGCUGAUCCCACGGGGACAGUCAACGCGAACAAUAAAGACGAUGCGCUCUCCACCAUGAUUAUCGCCGACGUCACCGCCACCAACCCGCCCCCCUUCCCGCGCGACGCCAUCAAUCUCAUCCUCUCCACCAACAACGCCGUCCUCUGGCUCGCCCUCCCCGGGGACCCCUACCCCGACAAGGGCGUGCCCAAAGGCGAGACCGUCUUCCGCGUCGUUUGUGGCAUCCCCGCGGAGCGCGGCCAGCCCCCGCACGCGCCCGACGCCGCGUACAUCCAGGACCUGCUCGACACCUGGGGCCCUAACAACGCCCUGCCCGCGGGCUCGCCCAAAACGUCGAUCUCGCGCGUGCUCUGGUCGAGCCGCUUCCGCACGCACUCCGCCAUCGCCGACAGCUUCUUCGCGCAGGUCCCUACCCUCGGAGACGGGACCGAGGAGGUGAAAGCGGAGGGCGGCCCGGUCAUGCUCGUCGGGGACGCGGCGCACAUCCACCCCCCGAUGGGCGGGCAGGGCAUGAACCUCGGCAUCCGUGACGGGGUCAAGCUCGCCCCGGUUCUCGCCGAGUUCGUGCGCGUCGCGUCGGCGAACCCGUCCGCGCCCAAGGCGGAGCUCGAGAAGCCGCUGCAGGACUGGGCGGAGGAGCGCCGUCCGAAGGCACUGACCGUCAUCGGGCUCGUGAAGCGCCUUCAGGGGAUGCUCUGGGUGCCCCACACGACGCAGUACGCGCUUGGGUUCAUCCCGUACAACGCGGCGUGGCUCCGAGACUCGUUCUUGGGCUUGGCGACCAAGUUUGAGUUCUUCCGGGUCAAUGGGGCGUACCAGGUGAGCGGGCUAGGCAACCCGUGA